CCUCCUUCAAGUUCUCAAGGGGUCUUCGUAUGGCUUUGCCCAACUGGCAUCCUGAUGCCGAAGAAAUAGCCCGCAGAAGGGUUGAGGGCCAGACUGGAUAUGAUCUACAAUUACGGCAGACUUUUCAAGAAGAUAUAAAUGUGGUCUCAAUGACUCGACGGGAUGUCUUGUUGGACCUCGAUCUGUCACCAUCCGACUGCCUUUACCGACUUCGACGCGAAGAAAAUGACGCAGCACGAGUGAUUUAUGUUCACGUUGUCGACAUUGACCUCCUGCCUGAAGAGUCGCAAACAUCAGCCUUUGAACUGAUUCGCGAUCUAUCUCGCUUCAGAGGCUGGGACGAUAGCUGGGACACACUGACCAUUUCCAAGAGCGGUGACACUGAUGUUCAGUGUGUUCCGAAUGCUUUCAAGCUGCACGCAAUUCCUCAAAGCAUAGCCUGCGGAUCAUAUCCCUUAUUUGACAUCCUGGACUUGGAAGUUAUCACCUCGAAGAAGCCUCGCGUCGCAUAUGUCAAAAACGGAACCGAACAAUGCUAUCUGAAAUACGCAAGAUUUGCCUUCGAAAUCCAGUGGACUACACAAGAAUUGGGAGCCUACCAUGCGCUCGCACAAAAGAAGUCACGGCUGGCACCUCAAUUGUUGGGAUAUGUCUUUGAGGGACCAAACCGCCGCAUUAUUGGAUUUCUUCUCGAAGCGUUAGUCGGUCGGCCUGCCAACAUCACGGACGAAAAGCUUUGCGAAGAAGCCCUUCAAAGCUUACACGACUUGGGCAUUACGCAUGGUGAUCCAAAUAAGGAAAAUAUUCUCAUAACAGAUUCGGGACCUCGAUUCAUCGACCUCGAAGACUCUGUCAUGCAGCCCCUUGACAACCCUCAAGCCUGGGAAGCUAUGAAGAAUGAAGACCUUUGCAAAAUGAAAAUGCAUCUGCGCAGGUCUUCCGAUGCCGGUUGCUCCUGGUCCUAGCCGUCUUCAGCGGUAAAUUCAGGCUACAUGGAGUCGUUAAUCGAUGGCCUCCCGAUGUGGAAUCUCUUAUCGCACCUUAGCCGCUCUGUAAACAUUUUCGACACUUAUGAGUGGAUCUCUUGGCUUCUUGAUAUCUCCAGACGCCUGUUGCACAUCUUUGAUCCUCUUUGGCAGCGUGUUUGGCGCAUUUGACAAAGACGCUGUUGAGCGAAUGUCCACAUGUGUAACAGAUCUGAUAUUGGACACACACUUCUUGCUGACGUGGCAUUCUAAACGCGGGGUUGAAAGGGCGAAUCGAAUUGGUGUACUCAAUGUCGCAGCAACCAAAUGGUCCGUCUGUUUUGAACUCACAAGCAGGGCGUAUAAGCAUGGGGACUUGAAGAGUUCUCAACGUCGAGAGGUCUUGCGAGACCUACUUUAUACACCAGAUUUCGGGACCAGGACUGGAGAUACCUUGAAGUCGAAGUCAAGACCGUGGCCUGAGGCUAGACACGCUGAACCAAGUAACAUCUGUGAGCAGGGCGGGGAUUCCGCUGGGAAGGUUACACUACAUAGCCUGGACCCAACUGGCCCAAGGCCACCUAACGCUGUCGUCCUUUUCGUUACGAGGGCAGCGUUUGUAUGCAUCUAUCAAACGACGUCGUGCAUUGGCACUAGCAUACCCAAACUACAUGUGUUGUUUAUUAGAAUGAGACUUACCAGAAACGCGUGUCCAAUCACUGCGAGACACGACUUCAACUUCCGGCCCAACUCUGUUGCCUCCAACACGAGCUGCGAAAUGGUUGCAAUGGCCUCUAUGAGCAAUGCAUUUGUACAGACCCUAAGUGUAAGGCAUAUGAUGAAGGCUUUGGUCUGAAAGACACAAAAGGAUCACGUCCAAGAGCUCCGUGGGUGGUUCUGGGAGCACGAUUAAGAACCAGCAGAAGCGGAAGGUAAGCCUCAGCAGCUAAUCAUGGUCGGAAAGCGCACGGUGGGCAACAGGAUUUUUUGCACGAAAUACCUACAGUACUGCAGUACUUUCGCCCCUAUUCCCCAGAGAUCGGCCAUUCGCGGUGAGUUCACUGAGUUGGUGCCGGUGUUCGCUAGACCAUGCGUUCUUUACCCUCCUGUAGGGCUAUCCCGCGGUAUAUGAUUGGCAUUUAUUAAACUACCAGGAAUCUCUUCAAUCGUUCAAUCUCCCGGAGGAUCCUGAAGACCUUCCUUGCAGGCCACUUGCAUACCUGGCAGACUGGUCUGGCCACCACCUUGCAAUUGAUGAACCUUGAUUCGGAUGUAUAAGCAUGCCCGCUAUGC